CUGUCCAUUCAGCUUAGACAGCCGGAAGUAGCCGGAGCAGGGAGAGAAGGCUAAUCGAUAUCUGUUAGUUUCCCGCGGAGCUCUGAGUAUCGGAGGGAAGGAGAGAUCGAAUCUGUGGAACUUCUGCGUCAACGGGAGCUCGCUGUGGGAUGUCAGGGGAGGACAGCGGACUCACCGGCGGAUAUAGACGUCACACAGCGGUCUAUAUUCUCCUGACCUAGGCUCACGGAUGUCCCUGACGCUGACCGCCAUGAGCGACAGCGCAGUGACCAGCGGCCAGCAGCAGUGGUCGGGGUCCGGGCCGCCGCCCCGGCCUUCCCGAGGCCCGUAUAUCUCCGCCAUCACCAACAGGACCACCAACCUGGGCAUCCGAGGGGCCAUGCUGUUCUCCGUGGGCGUCUUCCUCGCCCUGGUGCUCAACUUACUUCAGGUGCAGAGAAACGUCACCCUCUUCCCCCCCGACGUCAUCAGCAGUAUCUUCUCCUCGGCCUGGUGGGUGCCGCCCUGCUGUGGCACCGCCUCAGCGAUCAUCGGGCUGCUGUACCCGUGCAUCGACAGCCGCCUCGGCGAGCCGCACAAGUUCAAGCGGGAGUGGUCCAGUGUGAUGCGCUGCGUCGCUGUGUUUGUGGGAAUCAACCACGCCAGCGCUAAAGUGGACUUUGCCAACAACGUCCAGCUGUCUCUGACUCUGGCGGCGCUCUCCAUCGGCCUGUGGUGGACCUUCGACCGCUCCCGCAGCGGCUUCGGCCUCGGAGUCAGCAUCGCCCUGCUGGCGACGCUGGCCACCCAACUCCUGGUUUAUAACGGAGUGUUUCAGUAUACUUCUCCAGACUUCCUGUAUAUUCGCUCCUGGUUACCUUGCAUCUUCUUUGCGGGGGUGAUAACUAUGGGAAACAUAGGACGGCAGCUAGCCUUGUAUGAAUACAAAUUCAUUCAGGAGAAGACCCAUCAGGACUGAGGGACCUCUCGGCUCCACCUGGACGUCCUCUCAUAAUGACACGGCACCAACCUGAAGCCAGAGGCGGCGUGGACCAGGAGUGGCUGACCCCUCGCCGUUCAGGCAUGUCAAACAAACUCCUGGCUCCCUGAUUGGCUCGCCCCGGUGCUUCCCGCUGGAACAAAAAACAGUAUUUUUCCCGCCAGAGCUCGGCGUCUUAACCCCGAGCUGAGGAGAACAAUGACAGUUUGUUGUGUGUAUUUUAUCUCAUCUCACCUGGAAAGGGAUUAAAGCUUCUAUCGUUCUUCAGAUCAGCGUUGGCUCCGUUGUGCCAAACACUGUCACACAGCGGGGAUCGGUUCCUUAUCUGCUCACAUCCUUCACGUAUCAGCGGAGAACACACAGCCCAGCCAACUCCUAUCUCCACAGAUGUGUAAUUAGCUUAUAUCUACGGUUAAAUAGAAACAGGAAUGAUGAUGUUCGGUAUCGUCGGAUCCAAACAAUGAAAGCAGAGUGAUUUCUUACUGACUUUGGUUGGAAGCGAACUGCAUUUGGACUCAGUUUCAUCCAUAUACGAGUACUGACGUAAGUUUUAAAGAGACAGUUCACCCCGAAAUCUAAAACACACAGCUUGUUUUAGUUAGAAAUAUAUACAGCAUGUUAGUUUGAAUCCAACUAAAAGCUCCCUGCACCAAACUCCCUUUAAGAAAUAUCACAUUCUAACAAUUCCUAACGUGUUCGUAACAACACGUAACUCUAGAAACACGAGCUGAAGGCCGUCAUAUGUCCACAGUCUGUCAAUACGGCUCAGAUUUGGGGUGAACUGUCCUUUUUUAAAUAAGUAAUUAAUACUUCAGGGAGAAACAUUUGUUUGGAUUUAUAUCUGGAGCCGUCUCAGUUUCCUGGUCAACGAUCAGCAAGAAUGCCAAAACGUUCCCCCACUUAACUCUUCAUACCUGAUUCAAACUCGUCUUUAAUGAACCUGAAGCUGCUGAAAACCUAAAAUAUAUGACUGUAGAUGAAGGAUACAGGGUUGCCACAGGUCUGCAAGGAAGAUUUAACCUUGAUUCAUUCAUUCAUUCAUUCACCACAUCAGUCUCUCUCUGCAGUCUACAGGUUGAUGUCAUUGGCUCCAAUACGCAGCUGGUCGCCUCCUUUAGCUCCAAUUAUUGAGGUUACUUGUGUUUUUAAGCACAUUUCUAAGAUUAAAAACCUCCAACUGUUAACAGCGAUGUUGUUAAUCACAAUAAAGUGAGAAAAAACUAUUAUUUUAAAGGUUUUGUGCAUAAUUUGCAUAAUUUAAUGCAAAUAAUGCAAACAGGUCUCUACAGUGUUUUAACCUGAUGAUAAAAAGGAAUAAUUUCUAUUAUUAUUCUCAUAUUCUCGGGUCUUAAAUUUCUACCGCCGUCUAAUUAAAGCUCCGUUUACACAACAACAACAUUUUAUUGUCUGUUUUUGGGUCUUAAAACCUUCUGAAACCGGGUUCCUGAGUGCGGUCGGUUGGAAACGCUUCCCAAUGGUGACACAUCAAAAUUAUAUAUAUAUUUUUUUAUUUGAAAUUAACAAAAAAACAGUUCAAAAACAGAUUUUUCCUGUUUGUUUAGUUAAUUUGAUGAAAUAUUGUUCAGAAGGUUUGUUUCUAAAGUCUAGUUUUCUUUCCUUGUCGUGUAAACGGGGCAGAAAGUCUUUGUAGCACCGCACUGGUUGGACUGGUAUCUGUGGACAUCUACCUUUUAAUUAUUGGCCCUUAAUUAUUAAGAUAAGUAUUCCUGUGGCAACCCUGCGGGUAGGAACGUUUCGGUGACGCACACGUUGAGUUUCACCGGCUCGUAAAGGAAACACGACUUAAGGAUCUCGUUGGAUCUUCAGCAGUUUGUUCUGGUAAUAAUUCACCACAGGAGUCGUUUCUCAGUUUCACCGUUAGCUCGACCACGAAGCGUCCAGCAGUGUUAAAGUCUGUUCAGAUCCUCUCUGUGUGCCGCCGGCAUGUCAGCGGAUCCUGGUAGAAACCGCCGGUGGAGCCGUCGUAUCAGAGUCCCAGAGUUGGAGACAAACUAUAAAAACAGUGUUUUUGUAAUCCAGGAUAGACGAAACCUUUUUGAUGCAUAUUUCGGGGGCUAGCGUGUUUUUCUAUACGAGCAGCGUAGCGACUGUUUGUGUCGAGGUUUAAACGGGAGAUUUAUGGAUCCACUCACUGCAGCAAACCUCUGAAAACCUCAACAUGUGCAAUUUGUUCUGGUGGAAUAAAGAUUAUGGCCUUUUGGUAA